AUGGAUCUCACACCCGAGGAGCUCGGGGACUGGUACAUGAAGCUGCAGGAAGUCGGCCAUGUGCACAACAUCAACAUUGUCACGCCAGAGCAUGUUGUUCCGCAAGUGGCGUUGAGCAUUCUUCAUGCAAAGCAUUUGGGGCUGCGAGUUCCGAUUGUGUACAAUACCUCAAGCUUUGAUUCACUUGCGUCUUUGGAGUUGAUGGACGGGCUCGUCGACAUUUACCUGGCCGAUUUCAAGGUGUGGGAGACUAGCACGUCCAAGCGGCUGCUCAAGGCACAUGACUAUGCCAGUACCGCCAGAGAAAGCAUCUUAGCCAUGCAUGCUCAGGUGGGCGAUCUGUGCUUUACCGCAGAUGGAAUUGCAAAGAAGGGUCUGUUGAUCCGACAUCUAGUAAUGCCAGGAAAGGAGGCUGAAGGCACCGAGAUCAUGAAGUGGCUAGCGACGGAAGUUUCGACAGACUGCUUUGUCAAUAUCAUGGAGCAAUAUCGCCCUGAUGCCCACGUGGGUAAGCGGAGGCGCAAGUCGAGCGGAGGAGGUGAAGACGACAUCCGGUACGGCGACUUGAAUCGUGCCGUGACUGGCGAGGAAGUCUCCGUGGUACGAGGGGCCGCAAACAAGGCCGGGCUUUGGAGAUUCAAUGAUCCCCCAAAGCAUGACGGUUUUGCCAUUUAG